AUGGCUCCGUGGUGGUGCACGGCUAGCAGCACUCUGCUGCUGUCAAUGGGCGCUGUUGCUUGGCCCUAUUCGACCUAUACUUCUAUGCCUUUCCAGCCGCCUACUCUGGAAAUCAACCAGACGGGGGUCUCUGACCCGGGCUAUAUUUUCCUUGGGCCCCGUGGAGGUGUCCAGACUGCUGGACAGGCGGCGCUCAUUUACGAUAACGCCGGAAACCUGGUCUAUGAGGGGCCAGAGGAGGUCACUGCCAAUUUCCGUGUUCAGACACUGAACGGCUCGGACGUGAUCACUUUUUGGGCCGGAGACAUGCUGUCUCUGGGUUACGGGUAUGGCACAGUCCACAUACUCGACAACACCUACCAAGAGAUCCAUACCAUCACCCUGACCGGGCCCUUUGUCACACCAGACAACUCCACCAAGGACUCGUAUAUUGACCUGCACGAGAGCCACAUCACCCCGCAGAACACUCUGCUGGUCACCGCGUACAACCUCACUCAGCAAGACCUGACUUCCAUCGGCGGCAACUCCUCCGACUGGAUGCUCGACAGCCAUUUCUACGAAAUCGACAUCUACACCAACGAGAUUCUGAACUCCUGGAGUGCCCUCGAGCACCAGGACAAGGUCGGCAAGGACGUCGGCACCCAAGACGCACCCUACGACGCCUACCACAUCAAUGCCAUCACCACCACCAAUAAUGGCUACUUUGUCUCUCUGCGCCACAUGUGGUCCGGCUACUAUCUGUACCGCAACGGCACGGUCGUGUGGCAAGUCAGUGGUGAAGACGGCGGUGAUUUCCAACAAGUCGGCGAGGCUGGCUUCUCAUGGCAGCAUGACAUGCGUGUUUACAACGAGACCGAUUCUGGCCUCGUCCUGAACCUCUUCAACAACGCCAACACCCCCAACGACGAAGAAACUCCCACCACCGGCGUCAGCCUCUCCAUUGACCUCGAGAACAUGACAGUCACCGGUCUCCGCUCCCUCAGCGACCCCAGCGACCCCAUCCAAUCCGUCAGCCAGGGUAGCUACCAGCUUCUCACCGAGACCGACGGCCAUGUCUUUAUGGACUACGGCUCCAUCUCCAAGGUCAAGGAGUACGAUGGUGACGGUAAGGUCGUCUUCAGCGCCCAGUUUGGCGAGGACAAUGCCGUUGCCUCAUACCGAGGUUAUCGCUUCCCUUGGGUCGGUACCCCCUUCUGGAAACCUUCAGUUGUUGUCCAACGCACUGUCGAGGGCGCCACCGUCUUCAUGUCCUGGAAUGGUGCUACUGAGUAUGACAACUGGGUUGUGUACUCGGCUACCUCCAACACGUCGGUGACCACCCAACAGCUUAGCUCUGCGAACCGCACCGGCUUUGAAACUGCUGUCAAGGUAGUUGCUCGUCAGGGUAACACUGUUCUCGGAUCAUCUGAGAUUAUCACUUUCUGA